AUGGAUGGGAUAGAGCAAACAACAGAUCCAUUUGAUCAAGUAGUCACAGAUACAAAGGAACAAAUAACAAGGUUACAACAAUUUAUAUCGUCUUCGAAAAAUACAAUCAAUGAAACUAAAGAUGAAAUUGAUGAAAUUAUUCAGGAUGUAGAGGAAACAUUAGUCGAUUUAAAUAGAAGUCUUGUAAUUAUGGGUGACACCGUUGAUGCAUCAACUUUAAAUAAAAAGCAAAAUUUAGUUAAGUCGUUGGAAAAUGAUUUGAAUGAUUUAAAAUCAAAAAUACGGGAUUUCAAUUCUUAUUCAAACGACGAUACUCCAAAGAAUAUCGAUAAUCCAUUUUCUAGUACUGCUGCUAAUGAUGAUGAUGAGGAUGACGAUUUAGAUGAUUUCAAAACUGUGGAUGUUAAUCAUGAGGCCAGUGGAGGGUUAGCUAAUCCAUUUCAAGAACAAAUGUUAAGAGAACAAGAUGAUCAUCUUGAUAAUAUUCAUGAUACUAUGCAGAACUUACAUUUACAAGCUCAAUCAAUGGGUCAAGAAUUGGAAGAUCAAGGCCAAUUGUUAGAUGAAAUGGAUGAAGGAAUGAGUGGAGUUAUGCAUAAGUUAUCUAGAGGGAGAAGACAACUUGAAUGGGUUUAUGAAAAAAAUAAGGAAAGAUAUAAUGAUUGUUGCAUUGGGUUACUUAUAAUUAUUCUAAUCAUAUUAUUAGUGCUAGCAUUUAUUGCAUAA